AUGGCUAUGAUGAAACUACCAAAACGGUCUAUGAAUUUCAUGGUUGCUUUUAUCAUGGGUGUGUUAAAUGUUUCCCAAACCAUCGCUACAGGAAACACAAUUGUCAUCCAGAUCGUACCAUCUCAGAAAUCUUUGAAGCCACCUGUAAAAAGACACAAGUUACGUCAAGCAGGCUAUACGGUGAUUGAGAAAUGGGAGCAUGAUUUUGAGAUUGAGAAGAAGACAAACCCCACUCUCAUGGAAUUUUUGAAGACCUUUCAGCUGUCUGAGCCAUUGAACCCUAGAGAUAGCUUCUUUGGUGGUAGAACCAAUGGAGUGCGUUUACAUUGUGUUGCAGCAGCAGGAGAAGAAAUUGGCUAUGUAGACAUCAAUUCGCUUUACCCGUACGUCAACAAAACAAAAACGUAUCCAGUGGGUCACGCCGAGAUUUUGGUCAAUCCAACAAAUCAAGAUAUUGGCAGUUACUUUGGCAUAGCAAAAGUCAAGAUUCUCCCACCACCCCAUUUGUAUCAUCCAGUACUCCCCGUCCACAUUGGUGGCAAACUCAUGUUUCCUCUAUGUACACAAUGUGUAAAGGAAGAAUUGGAAAAACAAUGGCUGACUCGUACAGCGGUUUGCACCCACACUGCGGAGGAACGCUGUAUAACGGGCACUUGGUGCACACCCGAGUUGCAGAAAGCGUUGGACCUUGGUUACAAGGUCCUAAAAAUUCACGAGGUGUGGCAUUUUUCUGAAAAUCAGCGCAAAGAGGGGUUGUUUGCAGAGUAUGUAAAUAAAUGGCUCAAAAAUAAAACUGAAGCAUCGGGUUGGCCCAAGAAUUGUACCACAGAGGCAGCAAAGUCAGAGUACAUCAAUGCUUACUAUGAGCGUGAAGGGGUUCAGCUAGAGCCUGCAAAAGUGGCCAAAAAUGGGGGACGGAAACAAGUGGCCAAACUUAUGCUCAACAGGUAAUUAGAAUUAGAAUGUAAAGAUAAGACAAAGAUCUUCAAAGAAUCAUUGUUUGAUUUGUUUGCCUCUUUGUAUUUUCAGCUUCUGGGGCAAAUUCGGCGAGAAACCCAACAAGACUCAAACCUUUACCGUCACAAGUCCUGCAGAGCUAUAUGCAAUAAUAGAAGAUGCUGGUAACAACAUUCACGACAUACGAAUAUGUACUGAUGAUAUAGUAAAAAUUGAUGUCAGUAAAGCUGUAGAAGGGGUCAUUCCAAGCAAUAAAACCAACAUUUUUAUCGCGAGUUUCACCACGUCAUGGGCCCGCUUAGAGUUGUACAAGUAUUUGGAACAGUUGAAGGAUCAAGUUCUAUAUUUUGAUACAGACAGCAUCAUUUAU